CUUCUAUUCAGGAAGUUCAGCAGCAUCUUUUGCUUAAGGAAAAGGUUAUCUUAAAAACUUACAAAGCUUUAAUGAACUUGCUUCAAGGAAAAGAAUGUAGUACAUCAAUUGCAGAGGAGGAAUGUCUUGUAACUCUUUGUGGUGAAGAAGAAAAUCCUGUUCAUACUUGUGAUACGAACUUAUCAGGCAAUUCUCAAGUUUCAAAACAGCUAGUAGAGAAGACAUGGUAUCGUGUAAUAGAUGAUAGUUUGGUUGUUGGAGUGAAAACCACAUCUUCUUUGAAGCUGCCUCUGAACCAGGUGACUUUAUCGUUGUUAAUGGAUGAACCCCAUAGCUCCAGCUUUCGGCUUAUUAAGUGUCAAAACAGGGUGAUCAAGUUGAGUAGGGACUCUUUUUCAGCACCCUGCUCAGUGCCAUAUGAAAAAGGACCAGAGGCAAAAAGAACCAAAUUGACUGUUGAUUGUGAGGAAGAGGAAGAAGAGAGCUUUGUUUGUGGACAAUAUUCUGAGAAAGAGUGUGUUCAGAUAGUUACUGCCGUAACAUCUCUUUCGCCACUUUUAGCAUUCAGUCAGGUAUGUUGCAUUGUGCUGCUGCAAAUUAGGGAGAGAGAAAAUGGUAACUCUUCUGCACAUCGUUUUUUUCCAUGUGGCAGACUUUUUCUAAGUCUAGAAGAUUUUUCAAGUGGGAAAUACUUAGUGACCUUUCCAAAGAAACCUAUAGAACAAAUGGAAGAUCUCUUUGCACUUCUUGCAACAUUGCAAAAAACUUGCUUCCAAAUUACAUCAGCCAGAUAUGCCCUGACUUCAAUGAGGACGUGGCUCUUGGAACACAUGAAAUGUGAAGUAAUCAAAAAAUUUCCAGAAAUUUGCUUUUGCAAAGGGUCAGAAAAUUUAUAUGGGACACUCUUCCACUGGCAACAAAGGACACCGUUUGAAGGGAUUUUAAUAAUCUAUUCCAGGAAUCAAUCAGUUUUGUUUCAGUGCCUUCAUAAUCUCACCAGAGUUCUCCCUAUAAACUGUUUCUUGAAAAAUCUAAAAUCAGGAAGUGAGGAUUUCCUAAGUGAUCAUUUGGCAUUAACUUUGGAGAAGGAAUUGCUUAUCCUUGGUUCUCUUUCUUCUGCCUUAGUUAAGGUUGAAAACAACUUGGUGCAGGGCUAUGAAGCAAGCAAAGAAAGUAGUAGUGGUGUUCCGACUGUUUUAUCAGACAGCAAAGAAAACAUCCAGCCCUACAGAGAAGAACUUCAGAGAGAAAAGCAAACGUUGGGGAUGGACCUAAAACUAACAGACCUCAAAGAAGCAUCACGUUCCACGACUUCAUUUCACCCCAGGGGACGUCAGGCUGCCCAUGCCCGGAAGUGCAAGAGUAAAAGGCCACGCAGUAACAGUGAGUCUUUUCAGGAAGAGGAUCUGAGGCAGGGCUUUCAGUGGCCCACGAAGAGCCUCCUCCCUUUUGGGGCAGCCUCAUCCUACUUGAACUUGGAGAAGCUGGGUGAAGGUUCCUAUGCUACGGUUUACAAGGGGAUUAGCAGAAUAAACAGACAACUAGUGGCUUUAAAAGUCAUCAGCAUGAAUGAAGAGGAAGGAGUCCCAUUUACAGCCAUCCGAGAAGCUUCUCUUUUGAAGGGUCUGAAACAUGCCAAUAUUGUGCUCCUGCAUGACAUAAUCCACACCAAAGAGACACUGACAUUCGUUUUCGAAUACAUGCACACGGACCUGGCCCAGUACAUGUCCCAGCACCCGGGCGGACUGCACCCUCACAACGUCAGGCUUUUCAUGUUUCAACUUUUGCGGGGCCUGGCGUACAUCCACCACCAACACGUUCUUCACAGGGACCUGAAACCUCAGAACAUUCUCAUCAGUCACCUGGGAGAGCUCAAGCUGGCUGACUUUGGUCUUGCUCGGGCCAAGUCCAUUCCCAGCCAGACAUACUCUUCAGAAGUUGUGACCCUCUGGUACCGCCCUCCUGAUGCCUUGCUGGGAGCCACUGAAUAUUCCUCUGAACUGGACAUAUGGGGUGCCGGCUGCAUCUUUAUUGAAAUGUUCCAGGGUCAACCUUUGUUUCCUGGGGUUACCAGCAUCUUUGAACAGCUGGAGAAGAUCUGGGAGGUGUUGGGAGUCCCUACCGAGGACACCUGGCCUGGAGUUUCCAAACUACCUAACUACAAUCCAGAAUGGUUCCCACUGCUUAAACCUCAGAGCCUUCAGAACGUCUGGAACAGGUUGGGCAGGAUUCCGGAAGCCGAAGACCUGGCCUCGCAAAUGCUGAAAGGCUUCCCUAGAGACCGCGUCUCCGCCCAGGAGGCCCUGGUCCAUGAUUAUUUCAGCUCCCUGCCAUCUCAGCUGCACCAGCUUCCCGACGAGGAGUCUUUGUUUACAGUUUCAGGAGUGGGGCUGAAGCCAGAAAUGUAUGACCUUUUGGCUUCCUACCGGAAAGGUCACCGCACAGGCCACUUUAGCAAAUGCUGGUGAAAAGGAAGGGCAACAUCGCCCAGAUCCUUCAGGGCUGCAUUACUGCUGUUUCUGUUUUAAUUUGCUUCAGCUUACUGAGAAGUUUCUAAUUUAACUCCACACUGGACCAGGAUUUUAAAUAUCACCUGUGACCUGAAAUAUUUUAAAUGUAUUAUGUCCACGGUACAUCAUACUUGAAGGAAAAGCAAUGGAAGGCUAUUGCUAUUGUCAUUUGCCUAGAAUUUCACAGUGAUUGGCUCAAACAUUAGACAUCCUGAAACAGUCUGAGAAGAGGACUUCUGAGUAAUGCUGUCCCUUUCGUUAUCUGAUAGAUCCCUGGCAGGAAGGACAACGGGACAGACGGGAGAGUGACAAUGGAAAGAAUUCAGAGUCUGGGCUUGUGCUUACGGAAGCCUGUCACUCCUGUGUUCACUUACAAUUCCUCCCAACAAAAGGACUUCUGUGGCAAGGAGAGGAUUCGUCUAAGGUUUAAAACAGCCUCCAGAGAAGAUGGUUUCUUGGAUAAAGUUGUCGACCAAAGGACUUGCUUAAGACUCUUUGUUAUGAUUUCCUAGGGCACUCCUUCCCUCGCUUCCUGCACCAUCAAAACACUUUACCGCCCCACCCAGCCAGAUUUUAGGAGUUUGGAUUGAGCUGCUGCUUAGAAUUAAAUUUCAGUUUAUCUCCUUCUAUUGAAUCCUAAUUGUCUGUGAUGAUUGCAAAAGUGAUGAGGAGCCUAAGCUCUGAUUUGAUGGUGGAGAUACUGGGUAAACAGAUAGGAGCAAAGAGUUCCAAAGACGUAAUUCAAAUGCUGUUGCACCAUCAGACAUGCAUGCAUAUGUGCACACAUGUGACCCUGAAAUGAAAUGGGAGAUUUGUCUCGACUAACACAUGUAUCAUCUUCUUCAAUGACUCCUUCUGAAAGAAGCCAGGACAACUCAAAUUACUUUGUCAAAGGAUCAUCUACUCAGGAAAUGUGGUAGCCUAGAAACCAGAGACCUUUAUGGAUCCUUCAGAAGAACAAGGAGGAACUCAUUAAGAAAGAAUUAAAAAAUAGUACCUAUCCACCCAAAAUCUGAGAUGGAAGAAGGGAAAAGGGAUACAAACAGUCCAACGAAAUCUACCUUAGUGAGUACUUGGUUUUGGUAAGGCAUGUGACAAAGCCUGUCCAGAUAUACCUGAAAUACAAAACUGUGUGGGCUGGGUGGAUGGGACAGAUAUGUGAAUUCAAAGAACAGUGGUUAUUCAACCUAGAGAAAGGCUGAUAGUGGUGUGUUACAAGGUUCAGUCUUGAGUGCCAUUCUGGUCAAAUAUUUUUAUUAAUCAGUUGAGUAAAAAUCAGAGAAGGUACACAAUUUAUUCAUACAACCCACUGAAGUAAAUACUGUUAUUAUUCAUUUAUUAUUUCCAUUUUACAAAGGAGAAAACGGAAGCUCAGAGAAGUUAACUCCUCCAAGGUAGUACACCAGAGUUAAGGUACAAAACUAUUGAGAUAGUAAAAGGAUCAGGGGUUGCCAGGGGUUAGGAGGGAGGAGAUGAUGAAAAGACAGAGCACAGAGGGUUCUUAGGGCAGUGAAACUAUGUUUGGUACUAUAACGGCAGAGACAUGUCACUAUAAAUUUGUCCAAA